GCAGUCAGGGGUGGAGCCACACAGCUCCCCAAACCUGGGCGUCCACGGCUUGCACAGGGAGGCAGGUGAGCAGGCCUGGGGGGCAGGCGAACCGGCAUUCCGGCACAGUUGGUCCUCGAGCUUCGAACUACAUUUCCCAGGAGGCCCUGGCUGAGAGUCUGGAUAUAGAAGAACUACAUUGCCCUUGGGACUCUGCAAGUCUCUCGCCAGUGGGGAUCCAUCCUUGUGGAUCUGGAGACUACAGAGGAGUCAAUGGCUCGGAGCCUGGGCAGACCCGUCAAAUCCUCAAAACAGUACCUACGGCAGGUCAUCUCAGAAUAUGAGGCACUGGAUCGGGAGCUCCCAUGUAUCCGAAAGUUCUCAGGACCGCCCUCUGCCCAGCCCCUCUGCCUAUGCAUGGAGACUUCGGAGGAUUUCACGCACCUGGAGGUGCUGGAGGCUCUGGAGGCGGAGAUGCCCGGGGCCAUGGAGAGUGGGCGUGUGAGCAGCAUCCGGUAUGAGAACAUGAAUGUCAUCUGCGGGACGGCCGGCCGCAGAGACAGAUGGCUCAUCACCGUCACAGACUUCCAAACGCGCUCGCGCCUGCUGCGCUCGGGACUCUGCCUCCGCGGAAUCGCUCACCCACUGGUGCGCCACGACGAUCUGCUGCUGGGCGACUACCGCCUUCACCUGCGCCGAUCCCUUGUCCGACGGCGAAUGCUCCAGGCUCUGGGGGCGGAGCCGGCCGAGGAAGAUUGACGCAUGGCGGGGGCGGGUCCCAGACGCGCCCCGCCCCCAGACCUGACGCUUGUAAGGGGCGUGGCCUCCCUAGGAAGGAGGCGGG